AUCAUCAUUUGACUGCUUUCUUUGUGGAGUUAUUUGGAAAGUUCUCACUGUCCCUUGUUUGUGCUGGAAGAAGGGGUUUUUAUGGGGAUGGGGCAGAUGAGGCAGGAAGAAAACUGGAGACUUGAGUGUGCCUCUUAAUUUCGGAGCCAUGAGAGCCUCUGGUGAUAUGGGGACAUGUAGUCACAAGUUGUUAAGGUGGGAGCAGUGGUCCUCAGACCUGAGGGCUUUAGUCCCCUAGGAAGCCUGUUUAUCCAUUGCAGAUUUCAGGGGUGCCUGAAAUUGCAACUUGAAGAUGCUCAGAUUUUCAUUAACUGAGAAAUGCAUGGGGGAAUCCAUUUUUAACAUAUUCAGCAGACAGCCUGCUCCUGAUACAGGUGACCUACAGCCCCUGCCUGUGAUGAGCACUGGCUUCCAGGGUUGUGGAGGCAGUAGGCAAUGUGGGGAGGAUGGGCCUGGCUGAUCAUCACCUUCAUGUACACUGUGACCUAGAAUGGGUUGCAUCGUCGCAGUGUAUCUCUGACUUCUACCAUGAAGUCCUGAGGGCUCAAAGACAUGGGCAGAGGGCUUUGCACAGUUCUGUAACAGGCACCAUUUACUGACUUCUCACUAAACACAGAUGAGGUCAUGAGUGCAAGUGCCCAGAGGAAGGAAAUAGCAGUGAACAUUUUCUUGAGUGUUCACUGUGUACAAUCCCUUGUGCUAAGUCCUUUCUGUGGAUUAUCCUGAUAAAAUUGUACAGCACCCCAGUAGGAGCUAUUAUGGCCUUUCUACCAAUGAAGUGACUGAGCCACAGAGAUGUGCAGUAACUUGCCCAAGGUAACACAGCUAAUAACAGAUGUGUAGUUCUUCCUAUUCAGAGACUGAAGGAGGGUGGAAGGAGGAAGGGGGAGAAGAUUGUUGAGGGAGCGACUAAGGGAGAAGAGUCCUCCCCAAUGCCUCCCAGACACCCCAACCCUUCAGCACCGCGGACAGCUACUGUGGGGGUGGGUGGGCUGGGUUUCACCCAGAGGAAAAGGGCUGGGAGGGCUCUCCUACCUUGGGGAUUGAAGUUGGAUUUGUGUAUGGUUCCUGGCCAGCUUGAGACUGCUCCAAUGGGGCGGGGGCCACCCGCAGGGCCGGGCGGGGCUGUGUUGCCAUCUGGAGCCGCAGCGCCAGCGGCCACAGUGAAGGCGCGAGCAGUGAGAGCGCACGCAGGACUAGAGGGAGUACAGCCGCCACCACCGCGGCACAUGGGCCGACUCUGCCGCUGCCGCCUCCCCUAGCAGCCCCGGUGUCCCCAAUCUUGCAGCCUCCCGCAGCUUCGGCCACCCGACCAGCCAUGUCUCUCAGCGGAGCUUCUGAGCGCAGCGUCCCGGCCACCAAGAUUGAAAUUACCGUAUCCUGCCGGAACCUGCUGGACCUCGACACCUUCUCCAAGUCCGACCCCAUGGUGGUGCUGUACACGCAGAGCCGGGCCAGCCAGGAGUGGCGGGAGUUCGGACGGACCGAGGUGAUCGAUAACACGCUGAAUCCAGACUUUGUGCGCAAAUUCGUCCUUGACUAUUUCUUUGAGGAAAAGCAAAACCUGCGCUUCGAUGUGUACAAUGUCGACUCCAAAACGAACAUCUCCAAACCGGUGAGUGACUGUCCCCUCACAGGCUGGCCGGGCACAAAGGCAGCACUCAGUGUGUUAAAUGACCUUCCUCAGAACCCUCCUACCCCUCAAACCCACCCUCCCUGCUUUCCUCAUCUGUUCCUGCCUCAGUUUCCCUUCUGUGCCUCUUUCUCACUGCUCUUCUUCCUUUUCGACUGCCGCUGGGACCCUCAGAAGGAUUUCCUGGGACAAGCGUUCCUGGCCCUGGGAGAGGUGAUCGGAGGCCAGGGCAGCCGCGUAGAGCGACCCCUCACGGGUGUACCAGGCAAGAAGUGUGGGACCAUAUUGCUGACUGCAGAGGAGCUUAGCAAUUGCCGGGAUAUUGCCACCAUGCAGCUUUGUGCAAACAAGCUGGACAAGAAGGACUUCUUUGGGAAAUCAGACCCCUUCCUUGUGUUCUACAGGAGCAAUGAGGAUGGCACGUUUACCAUCUGCCACAAGACAGAAGUUGUGAAAAACACGCUGAAUCCUGUGUGGCAGCCCUUUAGCAUCCCUGUGCGGGCAUUAUGCAAUGGAGACUACGACAGAACAGUGAAAAUUGACGUGUACGACUGGGACCGGGAUGGAAGCCACGACUUCAUCGGUGAGUUCACAACCAGCUACAGAGAGCUGAGCAAGGCCCAGAACCAGUUCACAGUGUAUGAGGUACUUAACCCUCGGAAGAAAUGUAAGAAAAAGAAAUAUGUCAACUCGGGAACUGUGACGCUGCUUUCCUUCUCUGUGGACUCUGAAUUCACUUUUGUCGAUUACAUCAAGGGAGGGACACAACUGAACUUCACAGUAGCCAUUGAUUUCACAGCUUCCAAUGGGAAUCCCCUGCAGCCCACCUCCCUGCACUACAUGAGUCCCUAUCAGCUCAGCGCCUAUGCCAUGGCCCUCAAGGCAGUGGGAGAAAUCAUCCAGGACUAUGACAGUGAUAAACUCUUCCCAGCCUACGGCUUUGGGGCCAAGCUGCCUCCUGAGGGACGGAUCUCCCAUCAGUUCCCCCUGAACAACAAUGACGAAGACCCCAACUGUGCGGGCAUUGAGGGCGUGCUAGAGAGCUACUUCCAGAGCCUGCGCACAGUGCAGCUCUACGGGCCCACCUACUUCGCUCCUGUCAUCAACCAGGUGGCCAGGGCUGCAGCCAAGAUCUCUGAUGGUUCCCAGUACUAUGUUCUGCUCAUCAUCACGGAUGGGGUCAUCUCUGACAUGACACAGACCAAAGAGGCCAUUGUCAGUGCCUCCUCCCUGCCCAUGUCUAUUAUUAUUGUUGGUGUGGGACCAGCCAUGUUUGAGGCAAUGGAAGAGUUGGAUGGCGAUGACGUGCGCGUGUCCUCUAGGGGACGAUAUGCAGAGCGGGACAUCGUUCAGUUCGUCCCAUUCCGAGACUAUGUCGACCGGUCAGGGAACCAGGUGCUAAGCAUGGCCCGACUAGCCAAGGAUGUGCUGGCUGAGAUCCCGGAGCAGCUACUGUCCUAUAUGCGCACCAGGGACAUCCAGCCUCGCCCUCCACCACCUGCCAACCCCAGCCCAACGCCAGCUCCAGAGCAGCCCUGAGAUCGCAACUAUCCAUUGCCUAGCAGUCUGCCGCCUGCCCACCUACUGCUUCUGCUGAAACCCAGAGGCACCUGGAACCCUGGACGUCACUGGAGGCCAACUUGGAGGAUUGGAGCUGGCUGAUCAAGCCCUCUGCUCCCUCAUCCAGAAGGGCCUAGCACUAUCACCACCUCCCUGCCUUCAUGCCAGUAAUAAAGCUGAUCUUUACUCCA